GUUCCUGUUAUGAAAAUGUUAUGAGAAAAAGGUUCUCUCUAUCAUAUAUUAGUACUGUUUAAUCAAAUCAGCCAAUCACAGUUAAGAACUUAACGUGUAUGUAAUUUCAGGUACGCCAUAUAUUUGCCGACGUAAAGGAGCAAAAACUUCUUAGUUGGGAAUAUCGAAUAGAAGCAAGUUUUCUUGAAAUUUAUAAUGAGGAGCUUCGUGAUCUUCUUGCUUCUAAACCAAAAAAAUUCGAAAUACAAAUGGGUAGACAGUCAAGGUUUUUCCAUUAGAGACCUUCAGAAUAAAGAAAUACACACGCCAGAAGAAUUACACGAAUGCCUACGACGUGCACAAUCCAACCGAGCAGUUGCAGAUAAUCAGUCAAAUGAACGAUCAUCCGCCAGAUCUCAUUCAGUAGCAAGAAUAAGGUUUAUUGGUACACAUGUUACGAAACAAGAAGUGUUAACAGGAAAUCUGAAUUUAGUCGACUUAGCCGGGUCUGAAUCUUUAAAUCCCGAAAGCACAAGCCCUGCUCGGGAUCGGCAGACGGUCGAAACAAAAAGAAUUAAACGAUUAGUUUGUCAUGUUCGCAUAUUAUAA